CACGGCAAGGAGUAGCGAGCAGCUGAAGCCGAGUUGGAAGGAAGCAGCGGCCGCGGCGAGGACGGUUGUGCAGCCCAGGAGCCGGGACAGCGAAGCGCCGGCGGGUCGCAGCUGGAUCGCAGGCGCCUGGGAGCUGUAACCCUGAGAGGACGCUGAAGCCCAGGCGGGGCAGAGGAAGGAAGCGAGCCGCCCCGGAGGUGAAGCUGAGAGUGGAGCGGGACAGUAAAAUCAGACGACAGAUGGACGGCGUGACAGGAACGUCAGAGAGGAUUGGACCUCGCUGUGAGAGUCAGCCCGGAGUCAAGGUGUUGACAAGUCGCUGAAAAAAACACCAGGGAGGACUGUGGCGCGCAGAGGGAGCAGAGCCGUGUCUUCAGUCACACCAUUGAUGGAGGACAGAUGGACAGCCGGAUGGCCAGUCACCUCUCUUAAGCCUUUGGAUAGUGGUCCUUCGUCCUCUGCUGGCCACCUGUUGGGGGUUUUAGCCCAUUCUCUGAACUCACUUUCCCUCCAAACGUAAACUCAGACUGCGGUGUACAAGCAGCCCCCUCUUUUGGAGGGUGACGGAGCUGCCAAUAUGAGUGCUGAGGGUUACCAGUACAGAGCCCUGUAUGACUACAAGAAGGAGCGAGAAGAGGACAUCGACCUGCACUUGGGGGACAUCCUGACUGUGAAUAAAGGGUCCUUAGUGGCCCUUGGAUUCACUGAUGGACAGGAAGCCCGGCCUGAAGAUAUCGGUUGGUUAAAUGGUUACAAUGAGACCACCGGGGAGAGGGGAGACUUUCCAGGAACUUACGUUGAGUAUAUCGGAAGGAAAAGAAUUUCCCCUCCCACUCCGAAGCCCCGGCCCCCUCGACCUCUUCCCGUGGCACCGGGUUCUUCAAAAACUGAAGCAGACACUGAGCAACCAGCUUUGACCCUUCCUGAUCUGGCUGAGCAGUUCGCCCCUCCUGAUGUGGCCCCACCUCUCCUUAUCAAGCUCCUAGAAGCCAUUGAGAAGAAAGGACUGGAAUGUUCGACUCUCUACAGAACACAGAGCUCCAGCAACCCUGCAGAACUACGACAGCUUCUUGAUUGUGAUGCCGCCUCAGUGGACUUGGAAAUGAUUGAUGUACAAGUGUUAGCAGAUGCUUUCAAACGCUAUCUCUUGGACUUACCAAAUCCUGUCAUUCCAGUAGCUGUUUACAAUGAAAUGAUGUCUUUACCCCAAGAAGUACAAAGCUCUGAAGACUACAUCCAGCUGUUGAAGAAGCUCAUUAGGUCGCCUAAUAUACCUCAUCAGUAUUGGCUUACGCUUCAGUAUUUACUUAAGCAUUUCUUCAAGCUCUCUCAAGCCUCCAGCAAAAAUCUUCUGAAUGCAAGAGUCCUCUCUGAAAUUUUCAGCCCUCUGCUUUUCAGAUUCCCAGCAUCCAGCUCUGAUAAUACUGAACACCUCAUAAAAGUGAUAGAGAUUUUAAUCUCAACUGAAUGGAAUGAACGACAGCCAGCACCAGCACUGCCUCCGAAGCCACCCAAGCCCGCGACUGUAGCCAACAACGGCACGAACAACAAUAUGUCCUUACAGGAUGCCGAGUGGUACUGGGGAGAUAUCUCGAGGGAAGAAGUGAAUGAAAAACUCCGAGACACAGCUGACGGGACCUUUCUGGUGCGAGAUGCAUCCACUAAAAUGCACGGCGAUUACACUCUUACACUAAGGAAAGGAGGAAAUAACAAAUUAAUCAAAAUAUUUCACCGAGAUGGGAAAUAUGGCUUCUCCGAUCCAUUAACUUUCAACUCUGUGGUUGAACUGAUAAACCACUACCGGAAUGAGUCUCUAGCUCAGUAUAACCCCAAGCUGGAUGUGAAGUUACUCUACCCAGUGUCCAAAUACCAGCAGGAUCAAGUUGUCAAAGAAGAUAAUAUUGAAGCUGUAGGGAAGAAAUUACAUGAAUAUAAUACUCAAUUUCAAGAAAAAAGUCGGGAAUAUGAUAGAUUAUAUGAGGAAUACACCCGUACUUCCCAGGAAAUUCAAAUGAAAAGAACAGCUAUUGAAGCAUUUAAUGAAACCAUAAAAAUAUUUGAAGAACAGUGCCAAACCCAGGAGCGGUACAGCAAAGAAUACAUAGAAAAGUUUAAACGUGAAGGCAACGAGAAAGAAAUUCAAAGGAUUAUGCAUAAUUAUGAUAAGCUAAAGUCUCGCAUCAGUGAGAUCAUUGACAGUAGGAGGAGACUGGAGGAAGACUUGAAGAAGCAGGCAGCUGAAUAUCGAGAGAUUGACAAGCGCAUGAACAGCAUUAAGCCAGACCUCAUUCAGCUGAGAAAGACCAGAGACCAAUACUUGAUGUGGCUGACGCAGAAGGGUGUUCGGCAGAAGAAGUUGAACGAGUGGCUAGGAAACGAAAACACGGAAGACCAAUACUCCCUGGUAGAAGAUGAUGAGGACUUGCCCCACCAUGACGAGAAGACGUGGAAUGUUGGAAGUAGCAACCGAAACAAAGCCGAGAAUCUAUUACGGGGGAAGCGAGAUGGCACUUUUCUGGUCCGGGAGAGCAGUAAGCAGGGCUGCUAUGCCUGCUCUGUAGUGGUAGACGGUGAAGUCAAGCAUUGUGUUAUCAACAAGACUGCCACCGGCUAUGGCUUUGCCGAGCCCUACAACCUGUACAGCUCCCUGAAGGAGCUGGUGCUACAUUAUCAACACACCUCCCUGGUGCAGCACAAUGACUCGCUCAACGUCACACUAGCAUACCCGGUAUAUGCACAGCAGAGGCGAUGAAGCACGCUGCCCUCGGAUCCAGUUCCUCACCUUCAAGCCACCCAAGGCCUCUGGGAAGCCCAGGGCUCCUCUCCAGCCCGACCUGUGAACUGAGCUGCAGAAACGAAGCCGGCUGUCUGCACAUGGGACUAGAGCUUUCUUGGACAAAAAGAAGUCGGGGAAGACACGGCAGCCUAGGGCUGUUGGAUGACUAAACGUUUCUAACCUUAUCCUUUUUUUUUUCUUUCUUCCUUUUUUCUUUUUUUUUAAUUUAAAGCCACAACACACAGCCAACACAGAGAAAAGGAAAUGCAAAAAAAAAAUCUCUCCGUGCAGGGACAAAGAGGCCUUUAACCAUGGUGCUUGUUAACGCUUUCUGAAGCUUUACCAGCUGCAAGUUGGAACUUUGGAGACCAGAAGGUUGACAGGGCUGAAGGGCCUGGGCCUGAAACCGUUUGGUCCAGCCUGGUUUAGCCUGGGUGUCGCUGGGUGUCGCUGGGUGUGGUGAGCCCAGACACGUCGCACUGUGGGUUAUUUCCUUUUUAAUGAAUGAACGAUCUGGAGCAGAGAGGCAGGUCUGCUCACACAGGACACUUUGAGAGAACAUCGAUGCAGCAUGUUCGGAGGAAAAACAAAAAACAAAAAGACCGGAAAAUGUUUCGCUUAAAACUUGUCAAAUCGACAACCAACCACCCACCAACAGAAAAAUGAGUGUGGGCAAGGGGACUCGAAGUGACAUUCAGUAUAUAAAAUAUGUACAUAAUAUUGGGUGACUAACUAUCAAAUAGAUGGAUUUGUAUCAAUACCAAAUAGCUUCUGUUUUGUUUUGCUGAAGGCUAAACGUGCUGCGCUAUGCAAUUCUUAAUUUUUAUUACAUUGUUACCAGUUUCAAAUACACCUUCAGAAUAAGCUCCCCUCACCCCAGUUUUCGUUGCUUGAAAAUAUUGUCCCUCGUUUUUGUUAAUAUUUGUUUUGUUAUUUUUUUUUUAAAGAAAUGUACAGGAUGCCAGAAAGGAAAAUGGCUUAAGAAUUAAAACUAUGAAAUAUUUUACAGUUUUUCUUGUACAGAGUCCUUGGCUGUUAGCCCAAGGUUAAAAAGUUCAUAACAGAUUUUUUUUUUUUUGACUAAAUGUUGGGCAGGGCCUAAUAAGCUUCAAAGCUGCUUUAUUCAAUAAAAAUGAAAAAGAAAAUGA